GUAACGUUUUGUGUCUUUUUCCCAUCUAAAGAAUUCAUUUUUUUUUUCUUUCUCUCUCGACGAAGAUAGAUAGAAAGAGAGAGAGUCUUGUUACUCUACUCAUCAUCCAUCUCUUUGGCUUUUUAAUGUUGUCUUUUUCCUCUAUUUUCUAGGAAAAUUCUCUUUCUCCUGAAGCUGUUAAAUAGAUCUGUGUUCAUACAGACACACCUCAUCAAUUCUUUACUCUGACCUCUAUCCUCAAAAACACAAACCAUUCUUUUGUUUCUUCAGCUGUCUUUUGUUCAUAAAUAAUCUAUCUUUCUCUGUUUUGAGGAAAAGGGAAGCUUUUUUUGGAAGUACAUUUUUUUUUUUGGGUUUAGUCAGCUCAAAAGUAUCAAAAUUUCACAGGAAGUUUCAAUCUUUUCUCUCUUUUAAGACAUGAAUUGUCUGUUCCUGUUCAAAUCAAAGAAACCCAGAAAUCAACAGAAAGAGAAAGACAACAACAAGAAGAAAAAGAACAGAAGGAAAGGUAAAGAAUUGUCCCAAAACUCAGCUCCAGAACUGACGAACCGAACUGAUACGUUGUCCUUCAAUCUCCAGACGCCGAGAUCUUUGCCUUCUCCAAGAAGUAUCAAAGAUUUGUAUUCGGUGAGAGAACAAAACCUUAGGGUUUUCACUUACGAAGAACUCAGUAGAGCUACUUAUGGGUUUACCAGAAAGCUUAAGAUCGGUGAAGGUGGAUUUGGUAGUGUUUAUAAAGGUAAGAUUUUGGCUUCUGGAGGAGAUUCUGAUCGUCCACUUGUCGUCGCCAUUAAGAAACUCAAUCGACAAGGUUUACAGGGUCACAAGCAAUGGCUAGCAGAGGUUCAGUUUCUAGGGGUAGUGAAUCAUCAGAACGUUGUGAAACUCAUAGGUUAUUGCUCAGAGGAUGGGGAGACCGGGAUCGAGAGGCUUUUGGUUUAUGAGUACAUGUCAAAUCAAAGUUUAGAGGACCAUCUCUUCACCCGUGGAUCACGCACAUUACCGUGGAAAAGAAGACUUGAGGUCAUGCUUGGUGCGGCUGAAGGAUUGGCUUAUUUACAUGACCUUAAGGUUAUAUAUAGAGAUUUCAAAUCGUCUAAUGUUCUCUUAGACGAUCAAUUCUGUCCCAAAUUAUCGGACUUUGGGCUUGCUAGAGAAGGACCUGAGGGAGACAAUACUCAUGUCACAACCGCAAAAGUUGGUACACACGGCUAUGCAGCUCCAGAAUACGUGCAAACUGGUCAUCUUCGCUUAAAGAGUGAUGUCUAUAGCUUCGGUGUUGUGCUUUACGAGAUCAUAACUGGUCGCCGAACGAUUGAGAGGAACAAGCCAGUAGCUGAACAAAGGCUAUUGGAUUGGGUCAAAGAGUACCCUGCUGAUAGUCAACGCUUUAGCAUGGUCAUUGACCCUAGGCUACGAAACAAUUAUCCAGCUGCUGGAGCUAGGAGUUUGGCUAAACUUGCUGAUCUUUGUCUAAAAAAGAACGAUAAAGAACGACCCACGAUGGAAGUUAUAGUGGAAAGAUUGAAAAAGAUCAUCGAAGAAACCGAUAAUGAAGAUUACCCGAUUGCUAUGACUACAACUAAGGAAAGUAAUCAGGUGAGGAGGAGACAAGUUGCAGAACCUGUGAAACGAAGUAUGAGAGGAGGUGUUAGUGUUAGAGGAUGAUUUUGAGAGGAGUUGUUAGUGUUAGAGGUUUACAUAUAUACAGUAAAACCUCUAUAAAUUAAUACUCGAUAAAUUAAUAAUCUCUAUAAAUUAAUAAAUUUA